AAUACUCAUAAUCACAGCUUGGAGUUGAAGCAAACAUGAAUAUUACCCUCCAACUACUCAUCUUCAUUGCCCUCUCUUUAUCCUCCUUCACCACCACCAAUGCCGCCGGGAAUUCGAAGCUUUUCCGGGAGUACAUCGGGGCGGAAUCCGCCGCCGUGAGGCUGACCGACGUGCCGAUAAACCCGGGGGUUGAGUUCCACUUCAUCCUAGCAUUCGCCAUAGAUUACACCACCGGCGGCAACCCGUCUCCAACCGACGGCAACUUCAACGUUUUCUGGGAAACCAAACACCUAAGCCCCGCAGACAUCGCCGCCAUAAAGUCCCAUCACGGCAACGUCAAAGUCGCGAUCAGCCUCGCCGGCGACACCGUCACGAAGCGCCAAAAAGCCUACUUCGCCCCCACCUCCACCGCCACGUGGCUAAAAAACGCCGUUUCAUCCCUCACCGCCCUGAUCAAGAAGUACAACGCCGACGGAAUCGACAUCGACUACGAGCACUUCAAAUCCACGCCGGAGGAAUUCACGGAGUGCAUCGGAGAACUGGUUACGGAGCUGAAGAAGAGCGGCGCGAUCUCCUUCGCGUCGAUCGCGCCGUUCGAUGACGACGGCGGCGAAGUGGCCGGAAAUUACCGGGCGCUGUGGAGGAAAUACGGCGGCGUGAUAGACUACGUGAACUUCCAAUUCUACGCGUACGAGAAGCUGAGCGUGGCGGAGUUUGUGGAGAGAUUUGAAGAACAAUCUUCCAAGUAUGACGGCGGGCAGAUUCUGGCGAGCUUUGUUAACAAAGGCGGCGGCGGAUUGGGGCCCGGCGAUGGAUUCUUUGACGCUUGCCGUGAGCUGAAAGGGAAAGGGAAUCUUGGUGGAAUCUUCGUCUGGUGCGCGGAUGAAUCUGCCCAGAUUGGGUUUAGAAAUGAGAAGAAAUCUCAAGAUUUGUUGCUCAAAUGAAUCGAAUCACUGCAAUGGGUAUUAUAGGAGU